AGUGGAUGGAGUUCGACAUGGACAGACAAGGUUUCUCGCAGGAGUAUCAACAGCUGCUCGACAAGAUCCGACGACGAACAGCAGUCGUUGGAGUCAUCGGACUAGGUUAUGUGGGUCUGCCUCUGGCAAGCACUUUCCAUAGUGCUGGUUACUUCACGAUUGGUUUCGAUGCUGACCUAGAGGUCAUAUCCGCCCUUGAGCGAGGGCAGAGCUACCUAGAGCAUCUUCCCAACUCCACAGAAUUGUUUCAGCAGCUGUCGGACAGCGAGAAGUUUCAUGCGACAUCGGACAUGUCGCGUCUGAAGCAGGUCGACGCCAUCCUUAUCUGCGUACCAACGCCUCUGGGAGAAAAUUUUGAGCCUGACUUGCGAUACAUCGAAUCUUGCGGAAGAUCCAUCGCAGCUGCUAGGAGGGCUGGGCAGCUGGUGGUGCUCGAGUCAACGACCUACCCGGGGACGACGCGAGAAAAGCUGCUGCCCUGGAUCCUCGAGGGAGGCUGCGAGUCAAGCCUGGGACGCGACG